CGGUCACUUAUUCAGCAAGAGGAGGACGAGCGAAGACUCGCGAGUAAAGAGCAGGUUGAAAAUCUUGAAAGGCCCUGUUCUCAGAACUCUUAUGACAUUGCUCAACAUUCAAGUCGAUGUUUCGGAAACCUGGUAACCCCUGCAACACCUCGGCAUCUUUCGGCUGGUUCCUCUAUCAACCCUGUAGUUAGCUUACUUACUGGUUCCUCAUCUUCCACGGCCGGCCUCUGCUCUUCUGGCACUAAUGGAUCAACGGGUUCCACUGCCUUCGAUGACAGUUCUUUACAGAACAGUCUGAUAGAUUCUUCACCCCGGCAAGCAGUAGCUACAAGUCAAGCCAGUCUUGCUUGCGCCCCUUCUAUUAAUAAUUCUGGUCCCAUUCCACCACCACCUAGGCGUGGCCCUCGCUCUCCUGAUGUAUCUUUGCCUGCCUCCGUUGCCUGGAAGCCGACAGGCUCCAGUACUUCUCAUCUGGAUGGUUUUGGCGAUUGCGCUAGUGAUGGCGGUAGUAGUGGUAGGGAUGGGGCUGGCGGAAGGCGAUCCACUUGCCGCUUAGACGGUGAUGCGCUGAUGGAUGAGAACAAAGAGGCACAACAACUGGCUAAGGCUGCAUGGUACCAACCCAAUCUUCCAAGGGAACUUGCUCUCGAGAUGUUGGCAAAGCAACCGGUAUGCAUAUUUAUUUUGAAGUGCCUGGUCCACAUAGGUCUAAUGAACUCAUUUAUUAAUUUAGAAGCUCUUAAUCGAAUAUCAAAACUGUUCUUUUAUAGAUUGCAUUCCAUACUUUGUUUUAGCUGA